AUGCUCUCCUCUCCCCUCCACCUCCAACAUGACGUGCUAGAAUUGCUGACGAAUGGAAUAGAUGACCGGCAAAGAUGUGAGGAUGUCGAGAAAUCCCUUCAUCCACAAACCAGCCACACCCCCGUAUCCCCGACGACGGGAGAAGAAGAAGAAGAAGAAGAAACCCCAUUAGGCCCUGCGGGCAACAGCGUCACCACAUGGUUCAAAUCUUUCGAACGUACGCUCCUUCGCUGCAAUAUCGAAGCGCGCGGGAUCCAACGCGUACCACCAGAAGAUCGCCACGACCUUUCCCGCCAUGGAGUGACACAAAUUCUCCUCAUCUGGAUCAGCAUCAACCUCGAAGCAGUCGUCAUUGCUCUGGGAUUUCUUGGACCGGUCGUCUACUACCUGCCAUUCCUCGACAGCUGCCUCUUGGCCGUCUUUGGCUCCAUCCUCGGAGCGGCGCCUGCUGCAUACAUCGCCACAUUUGGGCCGAGAUCGGGAAAUCGUACCAUGAUACUCACUCGAUUCAUCACGGGAUGGUAUCCUAGCAAGUUGAUUGUCGUUCUCACUCUCAUUAUUCUCAUGGGCUAUAUUCUCAUUGAUGCGGUACUGGGAGGGCAGAUUUUGAGUGCUGUCGCUGAUGGCAACUUGAGCGUGAUUGUGGGAAUUGUGAUUGUCUGUGUCAUCACGUGGCUCGUGUCGACUUUUGGGUAUACCCUCUUUCACCAGUACGAGAGAUAUGCCUGGUUACCACAACUGAUUGUCAUCUCCAUCUUGGUGGGCGUUGCAGGACCCAAGUUUGAUCUCUACGGCAAUCCAUCUGCGGGACUUUCACGCAAUGUUAUUGCUGGGAACAGGCUGAGCUUCUUUAGCUUGUGUCUUGCCAGUCAGAUUACGUACGCGGAAGUGGCAGCGGACUUUUUCGUAUACUAUCCUGUCCAUACUUCGCGGACCAAGGUAUUCAUCUCGACGCUCGCGGGUCUGACGCUUUCGAGCACGUUUGCCUUUGUCGUUGGCGUGGGUCUGGGUUCGGGAACUUUUACCAACCCGGAAUGGGCGGCAGCGUACGAAGUCAGCCAAGGUGCUCUUCUUGUCGAAGCUUUCAAACCAUUGGGAUCCUUUGGCUCUUUCUGCAGUGUCGUUUUGGCAUUGAGCUUAGUGGGAAAUAUGGUUCCUCCUUCCUACGCAUCUGGCAUUGACUUCCAGGCACUGGGUCGUGUGUGGGAGAGAAUCCCCCGUCUGUUCUGGAACAGCAUUGCACUCGUGAUCCCCAUGAUCUGCGCUAUCGCCGGUCGAGCUCACCUAGCAGAAAUCUUUACCAACUUUCUGGCACUGAUGGGGUAUUGGGUUUCCAUCUGGAUCGCUAUUAUUCUCGAGGAACAUCUCAUCUUUCGAAAAUGGAUGGGUCGGGGCUGGCAAUGGGAGGAUUGGAACGACCGAACAAAAUUACCUCUCGGCAUUGCUGCCCUGAUCGCUUUCCUCGUUGGCUGGGCGGGAUCGAUCUUAUGCAUGGCGCAGGUCUGGUAUGUAGGACCAUUGGCGGCCUUGAUAUCUGAGUAUGGCGGUGAUAUGGGCAAUUACGUGGGGUUUGCCUGGGCAGGUCUGGUGUUUCCGCCAUUGCGCUGGCUGGAGUGGAGGAGAUUUGGGCGAUAA